CUCAAUUAAAAAAGAGAAAACAAUUUCUUCAUCGCCAUCGUCGAAAUUUCUCUGGUAGUAAGCAGACGCAUCUCUUCUUUUCCCGUUUUCCCUUUGUCUCUGCAAACCCUAGAGGACUGAUCCGAACAGCGUAAUCGAGGCUAGUCACCAUGGAAUACGUACCUCGAAGAGCUCAAAGUGGCCUUUUCGAAGGCAUCUACAAGGUUUUCAUGCGCCGGACCUCAGUCUAUGCCACGUUUGUCCUCGCCGGUGCUUUCUUCGGAGAACGGCCCUGGGACGCGGAUCUGAACAGCGUGUUCUCGCCGAGCUUUUCACAUGCAUUAGAUAGCUGUGGAUUAUGGAGUUCACAAGUUGUGGGAGUACAACAAUGUUGGGAAACGCUAUGAAGACAUUUCAGUUUUGGGACAAAGACCCGCAGAAUGAGCGGCUAAGUUUUGGAAUCAAACCUUGAUGUCACCAGAGUAGCAAUAAGAGUUCUUGGAUGGGCAGUGAAACCAUACUUUAAAGAAAGCUGGAUUUUUUUUUUCUUUUUUUUGGUGAUUUUUGUAUUUUGUUUCGGUAAGCACAACAGUAAUUUAACUGAGAACAUUGUGCUCUUCAGUUUGGCAAGAUCUGGCCAUUUGGCUUUCUAUGGAUGUUUAUUCUGUUCGCUUGAACUCGUUUCUUUCUGUUGUAACGAGUUAAGUCUAUAAGACCCUUUUAUUUCGUUCAAGUCGCCACAAAUGAUUGCAUAAGA